AUUUUUCUUUUUUAUAUCACCAUGGAUCAAAUUACUCAAGGUGCUAUCAAGAUCUUGUAUGAUAACGAUCAAUCUAAUCCUAUUCACAACAACUGUCUUGUUCAAGUCAUCAAUAUUAAACCAGUGGCUUCUCAAACAGGUGUUACACGUUACAGAAUCAUUAUCUCUGAUGGUGUCCACUUUAUGCAAGCGAUGUUGGCCACAAUGCAUACUGCACUGAUUGAAGAAGGUAAAUUGAAAAAGUUCUCCAUCAUUCGCCUUACCGAAUCUGUAUGUAAUGAAGCAAGCAAUCGAAGAAUCCUUAUUGUAUUACAAUUACAAGUGGUGUCAAAUGAAGCUACUAGUCGUCUUGGUGAUCCUUCCAAUAUUGAAGGACCAAAUGUUUCAAAAACUCCUACUAGCACGCCUCCAGCACAGCAACAACAACAACAACAGCAGCAGCAACAACAACAGCGACAACAAGCUGGUCAACCUUUGUUUAUGCAAAGAAAUAAUGGUGGCAACAAUAGUUACGCUCCUGGAAAUGUCAACAUGCAGUUAGAAUCAUCUCUAUUCCCAAUCAAAGGCUUGAAUCCUUAUCAAAACAAAUGGGUCAUCAAGGCUCGUGUCACUCAAAAAUCCGAUAUUAAAACAUGGUCUAAUCCUCGAUCAGAAGGCAAACUUUUCAGUGUGAACUUGUUGGAUCAAUCAGGUGAAAUCAAAGCAACAGCAUUUAAAGAACAAGUAGAUAGACUUUAUCCUCUUUUCGAAGAAGGACGGGUUUAUUAUAUCUCUCAUGCUCGAGUUACUAUGGCCAAGAAACAAUUCUCCACUUUGGAUAAUGAAUAUGAAUUAUCAUUUGAUCAUACUACUGAAGUUGAACUGUGCUCUGAUGAACAAACAAUUCCUGUUAUGAACUUUAAUUUUGUCAAGAUUGCUGAUAUGGAUAAAUAUGAAAAGACUAGCGUUGUUGAUGUCCUUGGUGUUGUACGGGACGAUUCUGGUAUGCAAGAAAUCAUAUCUAAAGCAUCUGGAAAACCUACCAAAAAACGGGAAUUGACUCUUGUGGAUGAAACCCAAAAACAAAUUCGACUGACUCUUUGGGAUGCUGUUGCAGAAACAUUUGAUGCUACUGGAUCUCCUAUUGUUGCUUGUAAAGGUUGUCGUGUCAAUGAAUUCAAUGGUCGUACCCUUUCGUUAUCAAGCACUGGUAUAAUCAAAAGAGACCCUGGUAUUCCCGAAGCUCAAAAAUUACAACAAUGGUUUAACAACUAUGGUCAAAAUGCUGUUUAUUCCAACUUUAAUUCCAUGCAAUCAUCUGAUGGUAGCAGUUUUGCACCUACCUUCUAUCCUAAAAUGACUAUUCAAGAAGCCAAAGAAAAGAAGCUUGGCGAAAGUGAAAAGCCUGAUUACUUUGAAAUUCGAGCCACUAUCAUGUUUAUCAAGAAUGAAAAUUUCUGUUAUCCUGGGUGUCCUGAUUGUCGCAAAAAGUUGGUUCAAGAAACUCAUGGUUGGAGAUGUGAAAAAUGCCAAAAGACUCUUGCUGCUCCUGAUUACAAAUAUGUCCUUUCUUUUAGUGCUGAAGAUGCAACAUCUCAUUUAUAUCUUCAAUCAUUCGAUGAUACUGCGGUAGUGAUUAUGGGCAAGAAUGCUAAUGAAGUGACAGCAUUACGUGAAACUGACGAAACCGCCUUUCGACAAGUAUUUGAUGAUGCCAAUUUCAAAUCUUUCAAUUUUAAAAUCAAAGCUACACAACAAAUCUUCAAUGAUACACCUCGAACGCGAUAUCAAGUAAUGGAAGCCAAUCCUGUUGACUUUGUUAGGGAAGGUGAAGAAUUAGUAGCAGCCAUUGACAAAUUGAUCGUUUAAUUUUUAGUUUAUUUUCGUUUUAUAUAUAUCAAUAAAACUUCUCUUUACGCAUUGACGCCUACAAUCAAUUUCUGUGUAACCCAAUAAAAGUAUCACUCC